UCACAUACACACACACACACACACGCACUCAUAAACACACUGAAGUUUCCACUAAAUGGCGAAAACGCGCAACAUACAUCUGACCUCCGGAGAUUAGAAGAAGAAACAGAGGGAUUAGAAAGACUCAAAGAAAACACAAGAGAGUGUUUAUGUGUUAUUAGUCGGCGGGACGCUGAACAGCUCCGCCUCACGGUGUUUCAGCUCCAGAGCAAAACUUCUGCAGCUCAAAGACGGAAACAACAACGACCAGAGCACAGGACGUUUUUACACCUGAAACUACAGACAGAUGUCCACGAGACCUGCGAUUAAUAAAACCGCACCCGAGAAGAUUUAGAGUUUGAUGCCAGCAGGAUGGGGAACAGCAGCAGUGACCGGUCCAGCGGGGGUCAGGGGGACAGGUCCUACAGAGAUGGACAGCAAGGAGGGAAAGAGGCUCGUCCCAACAUCCUGAUGGACAGCACAGAGGACGCAGACCUGUUCCAGAGAGAAGAUCCAAAGGCUCCACAGGAAAUACAGGAGUUUCUGGCGUGGCAGCAGGACCUGGAGAGUGAGAGCAAAAGUCCAACGCAGGCCAGACCAACCAUGUUCAGAUGGCAGGGGGCCGCCAAGGAAGUCUUUGUGUCCGGAUCUUUUAACAACUGGGCCACCAAGAUCCCUCUCAACAGAAGUCAGAAAAACUUUGUGGCUAUCGUGGACCUGCCGGAGGGAGAGCACCAGUACAAGUUCUGUGUGGACGGUCAGUGGACGUUGGAUCCUACUGGGGCUGUGAUGACGUCUAAAACUGGCACAGUAAAUAAUGUCAUUCAGGUGAAGAGAACUGACUUUGAAGUCUUCGAUGCCCUCAGGAUCGACUCAGAAGAUUCUGCAGACAUCUCAGAUUUGUCCAGUUCCCCUCCCGGCCCCUACCUUCAGGAUGCGUAUGUGACCAAGCCAGAAGACAAGAUCAAGCAUCCUCCGAUCUUACCUCCCCACCUGCUGCAGGUGCUGCUCAACAAGGACACAGGUGUCUCUUGUGAUCCGACACUACUUCCAGAGCCCAACCAUGUGAUGCUCAAUCACCUGUACGCCCUCUCCAUCAAGGAUGGGGUGAUGGUUCUCAGCGCAACACACCGAUACAAAAAGAAGUAUGUGACCACUCUUCUCUACAAGCCAAUAUAAUCCACUGAGCUGUGAUCUAAUCUUUUAUUUUGAAAUGCUAAUAAUUCAUCUGUUGUUGUACAAACCUGCUGGGACUUUUUUGUACUGGACCUAAAUGUCUUCCUCAUUCAGUCAAUUUAAAACAAUAGCUAAAUCUGUUUUUACCUUUCUGUAAUCUCAAGUUUUGGAACUAUUUUGAAGUUACACUCACUGCGCAUUGUUUUUCAGUUUAUGAUCCAACCAUAACUACAACCCCGAGCUUUGUUUCUUAUGAAAAGUCCGAGACACUAGAACAACAGGUGGAUGUUUUUGAUACUUUCAUUCCAGCCUCACUUGAGCCAGAUGUGUCAGUAGAUUUUUAGUUUGUUAGAGACCAAACACUCUGAACUUUACAAAGUGUUACGUAUUAAAGUGACCUUAAAUUGUAAUAAUUUAUAACUGGGAAGAAUAUUAAAGUGCAAUGCAUCGAUAAGCCCAGCUGUAACCUCUGCUGCACAACCGCUCCAUACGUGAGCAAACAGACACGAGGACACACAGAGAGGGUGAAAUUCAACUAAAAAGCCUCACUGUUAGAAUCUCACUUGCUUUCUUUAUUUCAAACUGAUGCCUUUGUAUCAAAUCAAAUUCCUUUUACAUCCGGUUUGUGUAAAAAUUACGGAGAAAUUAAAGUUUGAAAAGAAAUAUGUCAGAAA